GAAGGGCCUUCUCUCUGAGACGUUAUGAACUCCCAAGACUCAGACUUGUUACGGCGCAGGCAGGAGGUGCUUCAUGGGAGAACGUUGCGAGGGGGAGUGUAGGCAGGGAGCGGCUGGGAGGGGAAUGAAUCCAGCCGGUUGGGAUGACACAAGACCGGACAUCGGCGACGGCUCUUCGCGAUGAACGCGUUUGCCUCUGCCCACGGGCGCAACCAACAGACGACCGAUCGUUCGCGAUGCGUUAGCGAGAUAAGGCGAUCUCACCACGGUCACGCACUGCAGCACCUACAGAUUCCGGAGAGCUUCCAGACAGCGGUUCACCAUCGACUUCACUGGGUGUUCCAAAGAGCCUUUGAGCAGAGACUUGUGGGAUGUUUGACGGUUCUGGGGAACUCGGCGGUGCCAGGGAGCGACUCCUGCAGGACCCACGUUUCACCCUCUGACGGUGCAGGAAUGAACUCCCUGCGGUUCAUGGGCCCGCAGUCAUUUGCAGCCUCAGACACCAGUCCCAGGAAGGGGUGCAUGCAGCCCAGUCUGUACGGCAGGCCUGGCUAUCCCGGAGAAACGGGCUACGCAGGAAGCUAUCCGGGCGGCCCAGUGUCACCCUCCGAGGGGAUGGGCCUGCCUUCGCACUCCGGGCCCCUGGCCCGCUUCACCCAGCCGGCGGCCACUGCUGUCGCCGUCGCCGCCGCCACGGCAACCAUCGCCGCCACGGCAACAGUCGCUGCCCUGCAGGAGAGGCAGAGCCAGGAACAUGUGGGAGCGUACGCAAUGAUCAGUGCACCGCAGCCCUACAGUAGCCAGUACCUGACUCACUCGGGAGCCAGGGGCCUAACCCAGAUGUCCACAGGAACGGCCGUCGGGGGAGUGCCGGGGGCGGUGGGGCAACCGGGCAUCUCCGUGAGCCAGCCGGGCAUCUCCGUGAGCCAGCCACGCCCGCCCCCGAUCCACGCCGCGUUCAACGCCCAGAGCCAGUGCGCGCCGCAGCACGGCUACCUGGGGGGACGGCAGCCACAGCAGUUGCCCGGCCAGGGGCUGAAGAGGCCGUACGUCAGUGAG